UCUGGUAAUACGGUUUUACUAAAAGUAACCACAUAUGUAACGAUUCAUUACUAAAACGCAUCUUGGCGUGCCAGAAUUCUAAGAAGAUACGUUUUAUUAUACAUAUAAAAAUACUGGAAUAGAAUUUAUAAAUCUAUAAGAUACAAAAUGAGGGAAUCCGCUCAUGACAUAAGUCUUGAUACUUGGAAGCAAUGGAUUUUGGAAGCGAUUUCAAAAAUACGUUCCCAAAAACAAAGACCCAGCGUUCAACGCAUUUGCCAAGCUAUUGGAAGUCAUCACAAAUUUCAUGAAGAUAUCGUAGCAGAGAAAUUGGAGGAAGCGGUUGAGUCCGGUGCCGUUAUUAAAGUAUAUAAUAAAGGACUACAUUCCUAUAAAGCGCCUAUGGCAAAAAGGCGUAUUAAAGUAGAGAAAAACAGUAACUUGUGUAAAAUAGUUGCAAAAGCUGUACAUGAUUUGGGUGAAUGCGAGGGAUCGACCAUAAAAACAAUUGAAAAUUAUAUACAAAAGUUUAACAACAUAGAUCUUGGACCCGAUGUUGAUUUUCGUGCGAUUAUAAAAAGUUCUAUUAGAAAAGCAGUGGAUGCUGGAUUUCUGGUACAAGAAGGAAAGUUAUACAAAAAGGGACGUUCACUAACUACACCACGAAAAUCUUCCUCAACAUUGGAGGUGACCGUAACUACUGGUGACGACAAUUGUUCCUACUGUUCCGGUGAUGCACAGAAAAAUCGUAAUGGCAUACCUGAGCCAUUGAGCUCGUGCAAAAAGUGUGGCAUGUCAUUACACACGACAUGCGCAAAUAUAGCGGCUAAGUGUAAAUCACAAUCAUAUGUGCUACUCUAUAUGCUGGUAACGAAAGGUUCCCUAUGGUAUUGUAAAAAUUGUGCGGAAUGUAGCAAUUGCACAUGCACUGAUCGCGGCCCGUGUUUACUGGAGUGUUCGGCCUGCAAGAAAAUGUAUCAUUUAACAUGUUUAGAUACUAUACCGGAUAAGAAGCCCAAGCAUCCUUAUAGAUGUAAAAAUUGUAUACUGCAAAAUUUCGAUGUUGUUAAGAAAGAAGUAACGAAGAAAGGCUUGGAAACAGUAAAAAGUCGAAAUCCAUCACCAGGUGAAACGUGUAAAUCAACAAGAAGUGGUAAGCCAGUAACGACAUCAACUUCUGAGUACGCGGGUACGCGAAAUAAAGAAUGGAUUGGUGGUAAGCAAAAGGAUAAGCGCAGCGUGGCUGCAUCGGCAGGAAUUUCAUGUAAACGACAAAUUAUAGAUGAAAUAGACAAUAAUCCAACAACAUCAAAACUUUCGAAAUACGAAGGUUCCAAAGAAAUGUACAAAGACAUUUCCUUAAGUCAAGCGAUAAAAUCUUCACAGAAUUUACAAAAGAGCAUUGCGCAUAAUUCGCACUUGAAAAUGUUUAGACAACGUCGACAAUUUGCGGGUUUCCUUAAUAAAAUGGAUGCCACGACGACAAGCGAUACGAAACGUACAAAAAAGAAAACACCAUCCGAUUUAUCAUCAUCGAGUUCUUCUAGCGAUAGCGAUGAAGAUGAUAACAUGGACUUCGAUGAUGACAAUCAAGAUGAUAGUACUUCGUCGGGUUCAUGCUCAUCGAGCAGCUCGGGUUCGGAUUCGAGUGAGAGUAGCAGUGAUAGUUCCGAAUUUGACAAUGAAGAGGAGGAUAACUAUGAAGAAAACGAUGACGAUGAUUGUGACUCGGAUAAAAGUGAGUCGAAAUCAAAUAUAUUCAUUUCACAAAUUCCAGUAAAGAAAGAAAUUAAUGUACCAGCAAAAAAUUACACGUCACAAAAUACCAAAUCAAAAGAUGAACAUUGGGGCUUUGCGGCUGUUGCCAAAAAUCGUGUUGAUAUAUUUUCACAAUCGCGCAAUAUAGAAUCCGCCGAUGGUUUUGCGCUAAAAAAGUGUGGCAAUCUUAUAACUGGUUUCAAUAAGAAUCUAGUAAACGAUGAGCUAAGCACGAGCAGUAGCAAACAAAUGAACUACAAGUCAUUGCAAGGACUUGGCAAUGAAGUUAACCAGCAGUUGGAAAAACGUACAACAAAAACAACAGCAAAGAAGGAUGAUUUGCCAGAGACGAGCAUAGUGUCGGCGGCGGCGACGGAUGCUGCUGUCAAUAGAGGUGCAAAAAAGCCGUUGGAGAGAGUUCAAAAAAAGAAAGUAGCCACACUCAAGUCUGCACCUUUGGAUACGAAACGUACCGUCUAUAAGAGCGAUGACGAUGAUGUGCCCUAUUUGAAUGAAAACACCGUUAUCAAAUAUCAAAUGAUGGACAAUACACAUUACGCUAGAAGUGCAAAACCCUUUACAAAUGAAGAAAGUUCCUCCAAUGAGAAGGUCGAAUAUGAAGAGGUGUAUCCAGAGAAUCCAUUUGAAAAUCAACCACUACCGAAUGGCGUAGAACAGAGCGAUAUCACAAUUUAUAAGAAAAUACGUGAGAAUGCUGCUAAGAAAAUAACGGAAUUGAAAAGCAUAAAUUCGCAAACCAAUGCCAAUAUUGGUCCAACACAAGAACGUUGCCCAUCGGCCAUUGAAAUCGGCAAGUGGCAUAUUGAAACCUGGUAUUCGAGUCCAUUUCCACAAGAAUAUGCCAGACUACCCAAAUUGUAUUUGUGUGAAUUUUGCUUGAAAUACACCAAAAGCAGAUCCGUUUUGGAUCGCCAUCAAAAUAAAUGCCUUUGGAAGCAACCACCAGGCACCGAAAUAUAUCGCCAUAAUGACGUAUCGGUAUUUGAGGUCGAUGGCAAUAUCAAUAAGAUCUAUUGUCAAAAUCUAUGUUUGCUGGCCAAACUAUUUCUGGAUCAUAAAACACUCUACUAUGACGUUGAGCCGUUUUUGUUUUAUAUAUUAACGAAAAACGAUAAGAAAGGUUGUCAUCUGGUUGGCUAUUUCUCCAAGGAGAAACAUUGCGCACAAAAGUUCAAUGUCUCGUGCAUAUUGACAAUGCCACAAUUUCAGCGGCAGGGUUUCGGUAGAUUUCUCAUUGAAUUCAGUUACUUGCUGAGUCGCGAGGAGGGUCAAGUUGGUACACCCGAAAAACCGCUCUCCGAUUUAGGUAGACUCUCGUAUUUCUCGUACUGGAAAUCAAUCAUUUUGGAAUAUAUUUACAAUCACAGAAAUGAUGGACGCAUCACGUUCAAAGACAUUGCCAAUAAAACGGGACUAACCGUUUCGGAUAUAGCAUUGGCAUUUGAAUUGUUGAAUUUCAUUAAAUUGCGCAAGAAUGAAGACGACAUACGUUACCAAAUCAAUAUCAAAGUUGAUUGGGAAAAGGUGAUAUCACACUACAAGAAACUGCAGAAUUCCAAGCGUAUACCGCUAGAAACGGAUUGCUUGCGCUGGAGUCCGCUGUUGUCCAAAUCAUUGACUGGUGAUGGCACCAAGUCAUCUGAAGAAAGUUUCUUGGAUAGCUCCGCGCGAUCUGAACAGUCGGCCAUCGAACGUAUACGUUCACGAAAAUCUAAUUCGUUGAUUGCGAACAAUUCAAAUUUUAUAAAAAAGGAAACGAAUACGCCGGAUGGCGGCCUGCAAAGUAGCAGAAGUAGAUUGUCCAAUUUCAGCAAUGAUAAAAUGGCCAGCGCAACCGUCGAACUAAAUUUUCAAAAGCGUAAACCCGCGCAUGUAAAAAACACUAAUACCGAUUUAAAAAACUCCAUGCAUGAGGUUGUAGACGAAAGCAACGAGCCGAAGCGUCUAGAGACGCACGCGCAAAAAAGGGUGCACGAAACCACGAAAGCUGAUGCCAACAGUGAUACCACGAAAGUAGGCACAAGUGUGGUUGUAGAAGUCCCUAGACGCAAUCCACGCAAGCGUCAAAUCAGUAGAGAAGAUGAUGCCAACAUAGCGCCCACAGUUGAAGAGCCAGAAGUCAACCAUAAGCCUGAAAAGAGACGUAGAAUACAAAAUUCACCUGUGCAACCAGUUGUUGUUGUUGAAAAGACAAAAGGUGAAGCGUUGGAUGCUAUGGGUUUUGAAGAUGACAAGCCUACGAGCCGUGCACAAAGAUUGGCGAAUCGCAAGCAAAGCACACCUAUUGUGUCCACCAAUAAGAGGAAACAUUUUGAACGACAAAAUGAAAUGAAGUUGAAUAUUAAACAAGAGGAGACAAAUUCUGUAGAUAAAAUACCAAUUGAGACCGAACCUGAACCCGAACCUGAGCCUGAGGUUGAACCUGUAGUCGAAACGGUACCAGCACCUGCAGCUGCAGGCAUGGUAGAACCAGAAGCGGCGAAAGAAUGCAUGGAAGUAGAAGAGGUGGUUGAAGAAAAAUCAAUAAGAAAUUGUAGCAAUGAUAAACCCAUAACAACCGUGCCCAAAUUGCGUGGCAAGAAGAGCAUUGAGAAAAAAUCCAAUGAUUUGUAUAACGAAAAUAACGCCAACAACGGUACAAAAGACAGCGGCGCAAGCAGCGAAGUCAAUAACGUUGAGCCAACACAGGAGAGCAAGCAGGAGACAAAAAACAAUGCAGAACCUGCAGCUGACACUGCUGAUGAAACGGUAAUAAAAGACGCCGCAGCAGACAUGGCCACAAAUGCAAUUGAUGAGCAUAUAGAAGAACAACAACCGCAACAAAAACAAAUGCAAGCAGUACCAGAACCAGAAGUACAACAAACACAACAGCCCAUACAGCAAACGCCGGCAUUGAACGUAGCUAAAACAGAAGCAUCCUCACUAACAGCAGGGAACGAUGAAAAAGUUUUAGAAGCCGUGGCGAAGAAGACGAAAAAGACCUUUGCCGAAUUAAUGGUGGAGAAUACCGAGAGCACUGCUGUUGCCACAGCAGAGUCAAAUGUGAAUUUGGUUGAAAAUAAAAAGCCGCACGAGCAUGAAAAUGCGCCAAAGGAAGAAGUAAACGUUAAAGGCGUAAGUGACAAAAACGAAAUCGCCGAAACACCGGUUGCAGUCAGUGUCACUGUGAAUGAUGAUAAACCGAAAAUUGCAGACGAAGUGGUUAAAGAUGUUGUAACGCCUACAGAAAACAACGUGCAACAUGUUGAGCAAAAGGCCGAAACCGAUGUCAAAGAGAAUGCAACUGCGGUUGCUGCCACCAAGUACGAGCCAUUGGCAACAGAAGCACCACCACCACCACCAGCAACACCAACACCAGCACCAACACCGACAACAGUUGUUAAGGAACCAUUAUGUAAAAUAGAAUGUAUUGAAAAUGAAGCAUCGCCCAAAAUGGUGGCACAAAUUUCACCAAAACAAACAAUAAAAGAAGAUUGUGCGAAUUCACCGUGCCUUACGUCGGAGAUAAACAGCAGGGAUGACGAACACAAAGAAACUUACGAAAGCAAAAGCGAUACUACACAAUUGGAGGCUGCAGCAGCAGUAACACCAUCAACGGCUGCUACAACAGUUGUCACAAUGGCCACUGCAGUGGCGGCAACGCCACCAGUCGCACCAACCACUAUGCCACCAACUUUAACAACAACCACCCCCGCACCUAUAACUGCACCCCCACCGGUAUUAGCAGCGACACUGGCACCAACAACAAUUCCGCCAACCACAACUGCACCGGUUGUACCUGCACCGCAACUGCAAAUAGCCAAGCCCGCAAUAAGUGAGGCACCAAUUAUCUGCAAAACAGAUCAGCUUGUGGAAACUAAACCCAACAUGCAUAUUAAAACCGCAUCGCCACCCACAAAAAACUAUGCCGACAAUGUUGCCGAGUGUAAAUUGAAUGAGAAGAAAAUCAGAAAUGGCAUGGAGAGCACAGUUGUCGACAGAAAGGAGAAAAUGUACACACAGUCCACCAAUAUGCAUGAAAGCAAUGAACUUAAUAAAUUGAAAAUACAAAAAAUGAAUGAAGCCGCCGCCGCCGCUGCGGCAGCAGCAGCUGCAGCCACAUUGGAAAUGCAGCGUGCGCAGUUGCAAGCGUCUGUAAAGAAGAGCGCCAAUCAAGCUGUCAUUGCAACAAAUGCUAACGCCAUAAAUACGAGCCGCAUCGAUGCGAGCAGCAGCACAUCGUUUAUGAAGACCGUUAAGGAUAAACAAAAAUCCAUUAUCACACACACCGACAUUAAGAUAAAAGAAGAGGACAAGCAGCAAGUACAAGUCAUCACAAAUAAAGCCAGCGAUAGCGCCUUGCUAUCCUUGCAUGGCAAGAAUCCCUAUAACACCGCCGCCGUUGCUGCGGCCGAGCAUCAGAAAAUGCAAAAUUCCAUGGAUUUGAAUAAGAUUGCCACGCCGUUUGCCAUAAAUCAAAUACCGAAUUACGCGAGUACACCGCAGUAUUGGCAAUGGGACUACUAUGGUUACAAUUUGUCAACAUUGGAUGCGGCAGGCCAUAAGAAUCAAAAUAAAUUCAAAGAUUUGGCCACAAGCAUGGCUUAUUCGCAUAAUUUUACGCAGAAUUUCUAUCAAUCGGCCAUACAGCAUCAUGCGCAUCAGCAUAUGCAACAGCAGCAGCAACAGCAACAACAGCAACAGCAGCAACAACAACAACAGCAGCAGCAACAGCAACAACAGCAGCAGCAACAACAACAGCAGCAGCAGCAACAGCAACAUACAAAAGAUAAGAUGAAAAGUGACAGAAAGAUGAGCGCUUGCAAGAAGGAGGAUGCGUCUAAGAGUAGUACAAAUUCGUCGAAUAGUCAAAACUUUAGCGGUAGUCGUGAGGAUCCACACAAUUGUGGUUUCUCCAAUGCACAAGCGGCCGCUUAUGCGCAGAAAUGCAAUAAUAUACAAACGAAAUCACAUAAAAUGUCCGCGGACCAAACGCAACACAUCAAAUCGUUGAAUCUUUUGCCUAACGCCAGUUCCAGAUUUUACAAUCCAAUACCGAUACCCUCGAAUGCGCUCGCUCAGCAGGCGCUAUGUGGUCAGAAAGUGCGUGGCGAACACGGCAAUUUGAAUGCCGCUGAGGAGAAUAAGGUUAAGCUGAGCGCCCACCAAGCGGCCAAUCAGCAACAACAACAACAACAGCAUCAGCAGCAACAAAGCGACACACAAGACAUCACAACGCCGAUGGCAUAUAGUUCGGGUUCGUCAAAUCAUUCGGCGAGUAAUUUGCAUCAUUAUGGUUGCAGCAUGACGGUGCCGAUGAAUAUGGAUUCGCCAUCGAGUAUUGGUAGUGAUAUACAGCAGAAUACACCAGAUCCAAUACCAUCGACUACGCCGCACAUACAACAGCAACAGCAGCAGCAGCAGCAACAACAACAGCAACAAUCACAAUAUUCCGAUUGUUCCAUGCAAAGCCAUUCGGGUAAUACACCCAUGCACAUGGCCAUACAAACUUCACACAUUCAACAGCAGCAACAGGCUAAUCUCAACUUAAAUAUGCCGUCGAGCGGUGCGCAGGGCUUAAAUUCGCUUACAGCUGCACAGCAACAGCAACAACAGCAUAGUCAGCAAAGUCGCAAAGUCAAUCAGCAGGCUGAUUUGGUGGCCAGCAGUGCUAAUCAGCGCGCGUCCACACCAAAGGCUAUACGUGGCACAAAUACGGCUGGCAGUAAUCAACAGCAACAACAUCGGCAGCCGAAGAGCACGCCACCCACGAAUGCGGCAGUUAAUGUCGCCCAACAACAACAACAGCAACAACAGAGCGUUAAUAAUAAUCAAACUCUCUUACAAUCACAACAAGAACAUUUACACAAUAUGCAACAACAAUAUUCACAAUUGAGCGGCCAACAUCACCAUCAACAGAAUAUGCAUAUUGAUUAUAUAACAUCCAUACCACCAAACAUACAAAACUACUCUUCGAAUGCCACCAACUCGUAUGAUAUUGUUUCAAUGCCUACUGUUAUACCACAACGCAUGACCAUCAGUAAUGCUACACAUUCGUUAUCUAGUCCACAUCAACGCUCGUUGGAUCAGUCCUCACCAUCAGCUUGUGCUGUGAAUAAUUUCUAUAUGCAAAACAAUUUAACAGCGAACGAGGCGAGCUCAUCGCGUGUACCCGUACCGGCCUCAUCGGCUGCGACAAAUUCGAAUGGUAGUGGUGGUGGCGUCGGUGUCAUUCAUAUCAGUCCAGAUCCGUCGGCGAGCUCGUCCAGCGGCAAUGGUGACUCACAAUUGGCUCAAGACAAUGUCUCCGAAUCGUCAUCGUCGAAUGCGGGCACCACACCAACACAACAAGUUGGUAAUUUGUGUAGCCUCUCGAAAUUACAACAAUUGACAAAUGGUUUGGACAUACAACAACCAUGCAGCAACACUUCACCGGCUGGUCAGGUGAAUUUGACACCACCGCCGCAUCAUCCGGUGUCACACAACUCGAUGACACCGCCGCCACAUCUCUUGGUUACGCAAAAUCGCAGUUUAGGCACACCGCCCAACAUGCUGCAACCGCAAAUCAAUCCGCUACAGUAUCAUAAAUACUAUUCGAGCAACAUGAAUAUCGCACCGAUUGCCACAUCACAGAAUGUGAAUCGGAAUGCGCGUAAUACGGCAUCGGCGCCGGUGCAACAUAUAGCCGUAUCGUCGGUGACCACAUCGUCGACCACCAGUCGCACCACCAAUGUACACAUUAGUCCGAAUUUGAUGCCACCGUAUGGUGCAAUAAAUGGCUAUCGCAUGACGACACCACAAGCGGCGGCCACACCGACCUAUGCUGCUGGCGGCGAUUAUUCCAAUUCGCAGAUUCCAAUGCAAAUGGGGGUAAUGAAUAUGCAAUCGCAGUAUCCCGAUGCGUGUGCCAUACAGCGUGCACAACAGAAUUCGAUGUAUUCAACUUAUCCACCCCCAUAUUUAUCGUUGAACGGGGCUAUGAGAAGAUAAAGUAUUUAGUGUAUAGUGAAUGCUUAAAAGUUUAUAUUUAUAUACAUACGUACAUACAUACAUACACAUUACACAUAUAUACACACAUACAAACUAUAUAAUUGUAUAUUUCGUAACAAAUAAAAUAAAUGAUUCAAUAA